GGCGGCGCGGCGCAUGCGCAGCAGCGCGGCUGUCAGUUCCGGCCGCAGGUCGGGAAGUGGGCCCGGGCCCGCCGCCGCCCCCCCCUCAGCUCCGGUUCCCCCCCCCCCGCCUCCCGCCCGCUGCCGCCGCCGCCCCCGGCCAUGGCCCGGGACUACGACCACCUCUUCAAGCUGCUCAUCAUCGGCGACAGCGGUGUGGGCAAGAGCAGUUUGCUGUUGCGCUUUGCAGAUAAUACCUUCUCAGGCAGCUACAUUACCACAAUCGGAGUGGAUUUUAAAAUCCGGACGGUGGAGAUCAAUGGAGAGAAAGUGAAGCUACAGAUCUGGGACACAGCUGGACAGGAGCGCUUCCGGACCAUCACAUCAACGUAUUACAGAGGAACGCAUGGGGUCAUUGUUGUCUAUGAUGUAACCAGUGCAGAAUCUUUUGUGAAUGUAAAACGGUGGUUGCAUGAAAUUAAUCAAAAUUGUGAUGAUGUCUGCCGGAUACUAGUGGGGAAUAAAAAUGAUGACCCGGAACGAAAAGUGGUAGAAACAGAAGAUGCCUAUAAAUUUGCUGGGCAGAUGGAGAUCCAAUUGUUUGAGACCAGCGCCAAAGAAAAUAUUAAUGUGGAAGAGAUGUUUAAUUGCAUUACAGAGCUAGUUCUGCGAGCAAAGAAAGAAAACAUAGCAAAGCAGCAACAGCAGCAACAGAAUGAUGUGGUGAAGCUAACGAAGAACAGUAAAAGGAAGAAGCGGUGCUGCUAAUGCCCUUUCCCUGCUGCAGAGACUCUGCUCUGACAGAUCAGCCCCUCCAGCUAGACUCGGGCAAUUCCACUGGGGCAGGCUUUGGGAGGACUUUCUCAGUUUUGUGCCGUUAUUUAAAGAUUAUUUUCUCUCCAUGUUUUCUAUCAAGAGGCGCUGGCACCUUGCCACUUCAGUGCCAAGAAGGUAUCGGAUGGAAUCUUGCCCCCCUCUCCUCCCCUGCUCAUUCCAGUGCGCCUUGUAGACAAGAAAGGACGUUGCCUACCAAGUGGACUAAUUAACCCAAGAGUUUGUAUAUAAUGUAUAUUGCUUUAACCAGCCUCGCCUCCCUGUUGUCGCUUUGGCUUAUGCCUUCUUAAUGUCAACCAAUCAUGGACUGCAGAGUUCACCUUUUUAAAGAAGUAGUACAAAGUUCUUAGUUCGAGUCGGCCCCAGGCUGGCAGGAACUGCUUCCUGGGGCCUCCGGCUUCAUUUCUGUUGGGCUCCAGGCUGGCAACUGGUGCCCCUGGGGCCUGUGGCUUCACUUUGAGUUCCAGGCUUUUACUGGGGCUCAGGCUUUGUUUUUCUAGGUACCAGGAUCGCAGGUGUUGCUGCUGGAGCCUGGGGUUUCACUUCACCAGCCCCUGGGCCGGCAGCUGGUGCUGCUGCUGGGGCCUUGAAUUUCAGUUUGCCAUGGUCCAGGUUUGUGGCUGCAUCCUUGGGUUUCACCUUUUUGUGCUGCAGCCCAGCCGUACCUGUGCUCUCCUUCAGUUUGUAUCAAGAUACUGAAAAACAAACCAACAUGCAGAAGUGGGAUUUAUUUGGAUAAGACUUUUUUUUUUAAGGCAAAAUUAAACUCCUUUGACCUCUGCUUUUGGUUCUGCCACGGUCCUAAGUGAGGGUCCAUUUCAUUUGAGAACAAAAACCUUGUGAUUCUGCCAAAAAACACAAUACCCCUUCUCCUCAUUGCCCUGUCAACGAACGAGAUCUGAACUUGAAUGUGAAUUUUGGUGGCAAAGCUGUUUUUGAGUGAGAAAAGGUAUGAAAAUAAAUCCAGCUGUUCUAGAUUGGUGUCUGAAUAUGGAAACUGCUGCAGGAUCAUUCCCAGGAUUCUUCUAGUAAAAAGGGGGACUGCUGUUUAAUGUGAGGAAAUGGAAAGGUUGCUUGCUUGGGUUAUGUGGUGGUGGAGGAUCACCCCUGGAAACAAACUGGUCUUGCUGUGCUCAGUAAUGUUUUCCUGGUCCUUGUUGGCUUCUCUGGGAAAACGAGGGCUCAGUUCAUCGGCUUGGAUAGGUAUAGGCAAAGGUGGAGAGAGUAUGUGUGUGUAACUAAGAUAUCAAAUGUCUGGGCUGAAUGUACAUGCUUAGCACCUGAAUAAUUGCCGAAAUAAUAAUUAAACAAAAUCUUUAAAAUGACUAAAAGGCAUGAAGGAUAUGACUUCCUUUAAGACCUUGAAGAUGGACGUACUCAAUUUGUCAGUGUGAGGCCCUAUGGAAUUGCUGGCCUUGGUUUGGUAGGAUGUGAUUCACCAAUGCCCAUGAGCCCUCCUCUCUCCCUUCCUCCCCCUUCCCACAGGAGAGGCUAAAAUUUAGUCACUUAUUUUGCCUACAUUCUUUUCUAGCUUUUACGGGUUGUGGUAAGAGUCCUAAUCAUACAAUCACAUCACAAUCAAUCACUUUAAGGACCUUUUUUUUUAAAAAAAAAAAAGAAAACGAUGAAUGUGUAACACGAUUUUAAUCAGUUCAGGUGCUGGGAGUACAUUUCCAGCUGCCUUCACCCAUCUGUUUCCUUCACAUAUCUUUCAUUGGUAACCCAAGAAUAAGAUUGAGCUGGGAUGCUAGUGUGAGCUCAUAUAUUCGUAAGACUCGAGCGGCUAUGGAAAGUGGCAGCUUAAGUUGCACCAGGUGUCCAUCCUGUCUGCUUUCUGAUGUUGAAUGUGGUGUAUGCACAGGGAAGGAGCUCUGUCAGUCCUCAGAGCCUUCCUGUUGAAACGGAGCUGUCCUGUGACAGUUACCACUUCGAGAUUAAAGGGCCCAACUGCAUUACUUUGGGACCCUUGUGGUAGCGAGUCUGCAGGUCUAGGAGGGAGCAACUUCGUACAGGCAGAAAAAGUAAAGAAAAUGUCUGAAUUUACUGGAAUUGAUGCAAUAAAAUGAGGAAAUGGUGCACCCAAGCCUGGAGUGUUCUCUUAUGUGGAAAGAUUGGUCCUCUCUGAGUCCAGGUCUUUGUAGCCACAAUUUGAACUCUGCCAAGCCAGGUGUCCAGCCUCCUGGCUUGAAGUGGGAUUUUUUUUUUUCUAGUGCUGGCUGUAGAGGAGCAGUUAUAUCUGCUCUUGCCACCGACUAUUCAAUUGGAAGGGGUGGGGACUGCAUCUCUAGUGGUGUGCUGAUGUGAAGUUUCCUAAAUGUCGAGCAAUGGAAUGUCUAACUGGUUUGCUAGGAUUAUUUCUGUAAUGAAAGUUUCUAAUUAUGCUUUUUAAAUAAUUUUAAAAAACUAAAAAUAAAGGUUACAAGCUGCCAAA